AUGGCGUUCCAGCCGUUGUUGACAGUGCUCACGUUAAACGGUCCACCCCAAUGGAAACGUUACCUACCUGUCAGCGUGGAAAAUCUGGAAGGCGCCCUGAAAGAGCUGAAGGUGGAAGUAAACCUAUCUGAUACCGAGUUGUCCAUCAUCAUCAUUAUUCUUCAACAAAUGCGAUGGUCACAAAACAUUUUCCCGUGGAUUUCUACUCCUAUUAUGUACAACACUGUGAGACAACAGCAUGAACUAUGCAGCGGCAACGUGAACGCGAUCUCCAUUGACGACAGAUCAUUCCGAGUGAGAAUAGGCUCGACCUACUCCUCUCCAGGGCCGGUCUCCAUUGCAGUUCCUCAAUGCUCCGUCCUGGAACCAUUCCUGUUUCUGAUCUACGUCAACGACCACCCAGGCGUCCUUGCGAGUCCAUGUCUACUUUUUGCGGACGACUUGAAACCCUGGAGUUCCAAUGCCAGCGCCCUCCAAAUGGAUGUAGACGCUGCAAAGCAGUGGUCGUUGGACUGGCACCUUCCUCUGAAUGAUGAAAAGUGCGUCCAUGUGUCGUUUGGAGGGGAUUCAGCGAAUGCCUUUGUUAUGCAUGGUGAAAAGGGACCAGAAAACAUCAUGAGGAUAGAUGCCAAAAAAGAUUUAGGCAUCUGGGUCUCCUCAAACUUGUCCUUCGCACUACACCAUGAGAAAUCGGCCCAAAAGGCAUUCGCCGUUUUACGGAUGAUCCGACGUACCUUCUCCCGUAUUACUCGCAUGGACUUCCAAAUACUCUAUGGGGCCUACGUCAGACCGCUCCUGGAGUACGCCAACCAAGUUGUCUACUCAGGACGCACGAAAGACGUCACCCUCAUUGAGCGUGUCCAGCGGGCCGCCACGAGAAUGGUUGCCGGCCUCAAAUCCGUGGACUACGAAACGCGUCUUGCAAUGCUUGAUCUCUUUCCCCUGGAGUACCGUCGCCUCCGAGGUGACCCAAUUCUUACUUAUGCCCUGUUUGAACGAAGUUUGGCAAACAGAUUUUCCACCGUUGACCCAGAAGACACACGGCGGGGACAUAGCUCGGGUGUGCUGGGUUUUCCCAGCAAUAAUUGGACUUGA